AUGACCAGGCCGGGCCUGAGGCCCUCAAGCCCUGAGGCCAAGCCCUCACCAGGCCAGGCCAGGCCAGGCCGAGCCCACAGGCAGGCUUUCCAGGGCCUAUGGCCUGGCCUGAUAUUUGACAAGGCCCAAGCCUCAGGCCUGGGCCCUGGCUUGUCCUCAGUGGAAGGUCCGGCGGUGGCAGCAAAUCUAAAAAGGCAAUUACAUACCGUAAUGUUGGACGCCAACAACAAUGCAACUCUGGAGAUUUCUAUCCACAGGAACAAGCCUCCUCCAUCUGCCAUCACUCAAAAGCCUGCACAAUUGAUCAGCAAACAAGCAGCCGAUAAUGUAGGCAGUCUGUUGGCAGACGAAUGUGCACCUGACGAGGGUGCUAUGGAGGAUGGGCCCCAUGAAAGUAUUUUAUUUAAUGCUACUGCUUGCACCUGUAAUGUGCUUGACAGACACCAAAUCCACGGCGCCCGCGGAAAUGCACACAGGCAAGUCCAAACCUUUGAUGCCUCAUUUGUUAAUGCUCACACUUUUGUAGGAACGCUCGAUAGCGAAGGCUUCGAGUGUAUCAAUGACACCCACACCACGGUCUCAGACCCGAGUAGUGCAAUAUUAUUAGAAGAUAUUGAUGUCCAAGACAUCAGCACAACCAUGAAGGCACACCGGGAGGACAAGACCAUGGAUGUAAGUGCCUUCUUUGGAGCACCUUAUGCUGCGAAGUUGAAGGACGGCAAGACUUGUAAUGUCAGAGACUGUAAAUCGUGCUGCAAGAAAGGCUUGCCUCAUCAAAUUACACUCCAUAAGUUAUCUCUCAUCCCUUGGCCCUUUACUUAA